AUGGCAGCAGACCCGCUGCCGCCACGGGACGUCGAAGAACGUAGAAUCCCCUUGAAGAACCAACAGAGCGGUGGCGUGGACUGCGGCUUCUUGGGCUACUUUGGUCGGCCCAUGUGGCAUUCGGACCCUGCUGUCGACCAAAGUCUAUUUAUACAGCCUGAAAGAGUGGACAACAAUGAGGAGCGCUGUAAUGCAGUAGGGCCGUCGGCGGGGACGCCAUUCUCAAAGACCCCGCUGCCUGCUGCCCUUUUCAGCCACGUAGCGAUGUGCCUUGGGUCCCCACGGGAAAGUGUGCAUUCCUCCGAGUCCGCCGGCCUCGGCCGCAAGUGUGGAGUUGACUGCACUGACGCUGUCCUCCCUUGUGAAACGGCAGUAGGAUGGAGGAGCGACCCAUCGGGAUCAGGGAUUCACCCUUUGACUGCGGCGGAUACGGCUUGGGAGGCCGGCACGCACUGUCGGGGGCUGCAGGUUUUGUCUGAAUACACUCUUCACGAGUUGGUGGACUGGCGUUUCCUGUUCCUGCUGAACCGGAUUAGCCCCGGACCCAGGAUACAUGUCCACGUCAGGGAGUUGCAGCUGCAGUUUCCUAUGUAUCCUGUUGUCCCGGAUUCGACGAAUGUUCGCCGCUGCUCUGUUACGGGAGGCUCGCCUACAUGUGACGGACAGGACUGCGGUAGCGGAGAACACGAUAAACAGCGCCAGUCCAAGUGCAACGCUCGAAGACGGUGGCUUAGACCCGAGGAGUUCGUCUCCACCUUCAUUCACAGGGCACUCAACAUAUCUCAGCCAAUGAGGCUACGCCAUUUAAGGCCUGGGAAUCGCCCGGGAUUGUGUGUGGCGGAGAUUCUGCGGGAACAACACUACUUGCUAGAGUGGCAAGUCCCCCUGCGCUAUCUGCAGGAACCCUCUGUGCAUUCUUCCCGCUGUGCCGCUGAGCCCCAAGGCGAUUCCACUCCGGUGUGGCCGCUACCGCCUUACGGCUCGCUGGAGCUCGGUUCUCUGGCUCAGGUGGGCAGGAGUUGCAGGCGCGAGGAGACGAUAACCGUUCACAAUGUUGUAGACGAACGCCCACGACGCUCACAAGCGCCAGAGGUAGAUGCAGUACACGACGACUGGCUGAUGUUCGACGUCCUUGACCGUGGGAGUGUUGUUGCAAGCCUUCUGUCCCCUCUUUCUUUUGGGACAACUGCGGCAGCCAUUUUUGUCAGCGCUGUGCUUGUGGCAGUUGCAACGUCGAGUGCAACGGCGGCCAUCACCACUGCGGCCGCUGCCACGGCCACGCUCGCGGCGCGACGCUCCAGGUUAUUCAGAGUGGAUCUGCACGUGCUUGAGAGGGAUGAACACGAAGACGACCAAGAGGAGGGGGAAGAGUGCGAUAUUUCACAACCUCGUCUAGUCUCGAGCUUCUCCGGGUCCCGUGGGCUGGCAACUGUGGCCGCUAGUGGGUACGGCAGUAACGGACAUAUUGGAGGUGAUGCGAUACAGUCUGCAUCAGGGCAGCCAACGAUUUGUGAUCCCGCGUCUACCGGAAGUGUAGGGGCCGUUGGCGGCCAAGGGGGAGCGUGUGUUGGUGGUAACUUCCGCCCGCGGCUGCCACUUCUCCGGCAGUUGUUUCAAGAUCGACUUGCACGCCUCUUCCAUUCGUCAACACUUGCCAGCGCUGCUCUGACGGAAACAUCUCGAGCGCUUGCCUGCAACAUUUUGAGCAUCAUUUCAAGAGAUGCAAUGACCACGGCGUCAGCCGUUCUGGCAGCUGCGGGUACAGCAUUAGCAGCAGUGCUGCGCCCACCUGGGGCAAGGCGGUGCAGACCUGCCGGUAAUGCCCAGCCGCGGGGGGGGGGCAUCUACAUGCGUACAGCGCAGAAACAACGUCUGCCACAAGGUGGUAUUCAGUUGACGCCUUCGUCUGGUUUGCAACGAGAUGUGGAGGCCGAAGGGAAGUGUCUGGGUAAACACCUGGACUCAUCUACUUCUACGAAGAGCUUGCGGCUGCUCAAGCAGCUUCCAACUCAUAGUAGAGGAAGCCUGGGGCAAUUGCAGGGAAAAGGAGGGCUUCGGGAAUUAAGGCGACGAGGGACCUCGGGGGACUCGGCGUUUCUUCGUUCACCACCUGCGGCGUCUAUGAAGCCUCGGAGGUCGCAGUCCUUCUUGUCCGUAUGCAUUGGGCAUUUCGAGGCUUUUCACCGCCGAAGCUGCUGCUCUAUGCCGGCGCGGUUCCCCCGAUCUUCCGUGUCCUGCGACAUUUUUGACCAGGCAGGCGGUAGCGGAUCAAUCACCCAUGGGAUGGAAACGCUGAGCAUGGGGGCGGCAAUUCUGCAGCACCCGCAGCGCGAAGUGCGCAGGUCUCUGUGGCGUAGCGCGAGCACGAUAAGCGAAAGCAUUUCAAGAGAAACAGAACGUGAGGAUACGUCGUCGAGUGACCAAGAGCGCCCGAGAAGUGAACUGAACAGAAUAGACGUUCCGUGGCCCCCAACAAGAGAACUUUCGGAGCGAAAUUUCGGUUCUUCUUCAUCUGGAUGGCAUCCAGAGAGCCCGCCUUUACAGCCUGGCGACGGAUUGUUGCUGUUUGUGCGCACUAGUCUGCCGCCAGAAACUCUCCUCUCCCGGUCACGUAGAACGGCGAACGGUUACAGCGUAGGGACCUCAGAGUGGGAUGCUGCAUCCGCAUCCUCGUUCACGGGUCUCCCGGAGGAUGUACCGCUGCUGCUACCGACGGAUGCAACGAUAACAGACUUGGUCCGGUUGCUGUUCCUUACUCUGGCGGAGAGAAAGUACAUGCUGCCACUCAUCUCUACCACGCCGGUAGGGGAGGACCGUCCUCACUGUGGCCGCCGGAAAAGCAGAAGCGGCCAAACGACACAUUCAUCGCGGGUGGCCCUGUUGCGCUUUUGGCUUGCGUCGACUCAUCCCAACAGAGAACAUCAUGUGGAGCAGCCGCCACCCUCCGCGAAGUUGGCCGCAGACUUGCGCCUUACGUCUUGUGAGCGCCUUACCCUUGCUGUUAUGCCUUUUUCUCUAGCCAGACGUGGCGCAUCAGCGUGCGCAGAUUGUUUGACGCUGACUUGUGCUCCACGAGGUCCUUCGACGCAGAAACCUGGGCUCCUUCGUGGCAACUCAGCAUACGUUCACAGUGGAACUACUACGCUGCCGUGCAAUGCGCAGCAGUAUCCACCUGAAGACACGAGACCACCAAACGAAGCUAGUCCCUGGUUGCUGUCGCCCCUGUCUGCCUGGACACAAGAUAACACGCUGUCGGUAGUAACGGGGACGCCUGCUGAAGGCGAACCCACGCUAGUUCUGCGCCGGGAAGCUGCUCUGGAACCGGUUUGCCGGACAGCUGAGCCGAGUGGUUCUUACUCACACAGGGAGUCGUGCUUGCACGCCGAGGACUUAUCGGAAGAACUUUGGCCGCAUUCUUGCCCCACCAACAGCGAGCAGGAUGGAGCCAACGUACUUGACAACGCCGCUUCUGCUUAUCUGCUACCGGAUAUUCCAAAGACUACGGAGACUACCGGCGCUUCGAAGCACAAGAGGAUCGCCUUGGGGGACAUUCAACACGACCAACAUGCCGGUGCCUUGCACUCCAACGCGGGCCUAACGACACCUACAGGCACUUCAGCAGAGCCGUGUGUAGGCAUAACGCUGGAGGAGGACGCUGCGAAGCCGUGCAAACCGUGGAUUCUGCAGUCUUCAGUGAAUGCGAGGCAGUUUGAGUACCAUCCGGCGAAGAGUAACGUGUUGCUCACAGGCAACAAUGAUGGAAGGGUGCGUGUUCUUGACUGGAAGCGAGAUGCUGUCCUCGGGACGGAACUAGUCGACAGCCACCCCAUUUUAGCCCUUUCUUGGCUGAAGCACCACCCUGAGUUGUUCGUCUGCGCCGCUGGCGUUUCCGGUAUCCCGUACGUUGUUCGGUGGAGAGAACAAGAUGAUCUAUUUGCAAACGAGGCCAAAUGCGACCGUGGAAGAAUGCCAAAGGCUUUAGUCUCCCAUUUCCAGCCAUCUCUGCCUCUGAGCAUGCAGUCUAGACAACCUGCUCAGCAGCAACAGCGUGUGGAAGUAUGUGAUUAUGAAGCGAGCCACGACGAUCAGUAUUCCGGAGAUCGUGAUGACUGUAUCGACGGUUCAACUGUGACAGCUGCUUUAACGUGGUUUAGGCGCUGUGGGCGAGGUGAACGGCUAGGCAGGGAGGGCACUGCAUCUUUGCGCAUUGUACACCAGUACUGCGCUUGUGAAGAUCUGAGCUCAGUUUCUGUCAACAGCACAGAUGACUACCUUCUUGUGUCCGGCAGAAGCGCAGAUCUCACAAUUCAUGACGUGGCCACGGGUGCGAGGUUGGGAACUCUGAGCGGUCUCCACUCAGACAGCAUUAACAUCGUUCGAUUCGCGCAUAGCUCACCCCACCUUUUUGUCACCGCCUCUUUUGACCAGACAUGCAGGCUUUGGGACCUUCGCCAGCGGAUCAACAGCCAUCAGCCACUACUUACCGUUGAUACUGGCAGUCUUAGCGUCAUGUGCUGCUUCGACGAUUCAGACGAAUGGCUCCUAUGCAGCGGAGUGGAUGCAGCGCUGCGGCAGGUCUGUUUGAGGUCUUCUACCGUGUUUCCUCAGUCAUUUGCAAUCCCUCCUGUUAAUGCCGAGACUAACUUCCGCCGUGCAGUCUAUUUACAGGGAGGAAGGGAAUUUAUCACUGCUGGUACUGAGGAAGGGUUCUUCAGAGUAUUCAGCCGUCUUGGGCGUGAUUUGGGUUUAGUCAGCCUCGAGGGGUUGCUCCGGCCGUUCAUUCGGGUGCGUUCAUCCCAGGGCCUAGCGACGUUGGCCGACCUGCAGGCAGAGCUCCUGAAUUUGCGCAUUUACUUGCGUUCUCACAUGGCGCUAGGACUAAGUGCCAUGAGCGACGCUGCAUUGGCCACAGCAGCUGGCGGGAUGCGCAGUGAGCCAAGCUUGUUCCAGGAAGCAGGCACGGGCGGCCCAGAAAAUAACGUAGUCGAAGAAUAUGUGCAAUCACUCCGCGCACACCCACAGGAACGUAGGCUUGUUGGUGCACUGCUGGCGACCAAGGAUCAGGUGGAGACGGCGAACGGGGAAGCGUCUUAUGUGGCAAUGUCACGGCUACCAGCAACUAUGCUGGGAUAG